UAAUCCUCUCUGUUUCAUCUCACAGGUUGACAGCAGCAACUAUGGCGGGAGUUGUUAAUAAGUUCUUUAUUACAUCGUUGAUUAUGUGGGCAGCUCCAAUUGCAAUUUUGUACGCCUUCAAUCACAACUUAAUUCCUGGUGUGACCGACAUGUCUCCCCAUUCUAUGACAUUAGUGAGUGGAUUCGUUGCUGUCAUAUCGGUCAAUGUGGUUAUUGCAUUUUACAUUUGUCUGGCAAUGAGAGAACCCUCAGAUAAACAUGAGCCUGAUCCUAAAUUCCUGGCAGAGGCCAAAGCUAGUGUAAAGCAGUUGGGGCAAAAUCAAGACGGGGACUCAUCAGACUCCCGAACAAAACAAGAGUGAAUGGAAGGAUAAAGGUAGAGCAUAAAUGUUCUUGAAGGCAUUGGACACAGUUCUAACUUUGUGGGAGAAAAUACAAUGAUUAAAUUUUUUGACCUGGCUUUAUUAUUUAAAAUUUUGAUCAUUCGCAGGGAGGACUUUGUUCCUAGUUUAACUUGGUAAUAUUGGUUUGUUGUGAAGUACAAAAUUCCUUGUAUAUUUGGCUUAUCCUU